AUGGCAGCAGCUCCUUCAGCGUCUUCCUACCACAUUCCGAAUCUGUAUAACCUUCAUGGCCUAGUUGCCGUUGUCACAGGCGGUGGAACGGGGAUCGGACUGAUGAUCGCGCGCGGUCUGGCUGAGAACGGUGCGAAAGUGUAUAUCACAGGACGGCGAAAAGAGAUCCUUGAAAAAGUAGUCAACAGUGGCACUAUCAAGGGUGAAGUCGUUGCGCUGCCUAUGGAUGUGACGAGUAAGCCAAGUAUCCUAGAGGCAAAGAAAGUAUUGCAAGAGAAGGAAGGCAAGAUCCAUGUCCUGGUCAACAACGCUGGCCAAGUCGGACCCAUAUCGUCGUGGUUCAAUGACCUCUCUUCGCCUAACCACAAAGAUGCAGAGACGCUUGGACAAGCAUUAUUCGACGAAUCAGAGCAAGGCUGGGCUGACCUCUACGCCAUCAACGUCUACCCACUCUUCUUCAAACCCGGGUACACAUCAAGUGUAAUCAACAUUACAAGCAUGAGCGCCAUGAUGAAGCAAGCACAAGAGCAUUUCGCGUAUAACGCUGCCAAGGCAGCGGCAUCGCACUUGACGCGUAUGAUGGCAACAGAAUUUGCUCUCAAGCGAGUCCCAGUGCGGGUGAAUGCCAUUGCGCCUGGGAUGUACGAAAGCGAGAUGACCAAAGAUGUGAUCUCGCCGGAGGAGCUCGAUAAAAUGGCCAAAGGGGUGGUACCUAUUCCUGCGAAGAGGCCUGGAACUGGUGAAGAGAUGGCCGGAACUGUGGUGUACCUUGCCUCACCAUCAGGUUGCUACGCAAACGGUCAGGAGAUCGUAAUCGAUGGAGGUUGUCUCGCUGUGAAUCCUUGA